AUGCCUAUCUCGUGCCAUGGUGUGAGAGUGAGAGUUGUUACAGCUGGAAUUGGCGUGUCGUGGUUCAAUGAUGUUUCUACUGGAUGUUUCCGUGUAGCUGGAUUUACCCGGAAUUCCUCCGCAGCGGAGAGCGGAGUGAUACAAGCUGGCGACGUGCUGCUGGAGGUCGACGGCAUUCCAGCCAUGCAGAAAUCCUUGCGGGACGUUGCGAUGAUGAUUCUGGGCCCUCCCGGGACAACUGUGACAUUACGCCUGCUGCCGGCAAACGAGUCUCUUCCUCCUAACUCCAACAGCGUCAUCAAGGAGAUCACUCUCAUCAGGCGCUCGAUCAGGCAGGAGUAA